AUGGAGGAACUACAGGCACGACAUCGCAAAGAGCAACGCGAACUGCAGGCUCGAAUCACGCAAAAGAAAAAGAACGCCACCAAGAAAACACGCAAAGGCGUCAAUGAUGAAUGUGACAAGCUCCAGCAAGAAUUGAACCAGAAGCAGAACCUUGAGAUCUCACAAUUAAAUGGUGAUGAUGUUUCUGCGACAGCCGACAGCUUAGAUCAUCUCGACUUAAAUGACGAGGCAAAUCAGCAGAGCACUACAGAAUCUGCACCUCCAGCAUCUGACGCUGUUCCUAAACUAGAUUUACCUACAGGAGAACCAGGGAACAGAGGGAAGAAGCCAAAUCGUCAAAAAGCACGACUCGCAAGGCGAGAGGCAGAAAGAGUAGCGCAGGCGGAGAUCGCCGCCGAAGAGGCUGCAAAGCAGACCGACCAUCGCGGGAACGAAAAAGAGGUUAUGGAUGCAGCGUUUUCACGAAUUGGCUUGAAGGAGAUCGAAAUCACUCCAGAUGGUCAUUGCCUUUAUUCAGCGAUUGCCUGCCAGUUGAAUGAUUUAGGGCUCGGCUUGAAGCCUGACCCUAGUCGCAUCGUGUUACAGCCUGCUACGGUCUCGCGGAUCGAUACCGUAGCGUCUCCUAGACACGAUGGCUAUCGAGCAGUGAGGGCAGUCACGGCAGAUUAUAUAAAAGAACACCAAGACGACUUUGUCCCAUUCAUGGAGGAACCGCUGGAUGAAUACGUCAAGAAGAUCAGGCUCACUGCCGAAUGGGGUGGGCAGCUAGAACUACAGGCAAUUGCAAGAGCUUAUGGGGUGGAGAUUAAUGUUCUGCAAGGUGACGGUAGGAUCGAAAAGAUUGAAGGUGCUGGAGAUGAUGCAGACUUGGAACAACAAAAAAGGCAAAUAUGGCUGGCAUAUUAUAGGCAUACAUACGGGUUGGGAGAACAUUACAAUGCGCUAGUUCAAAAAGCAGCGUGA